AUGAGCGGACCGAGCACUUACGAACCGAAAACCGGCGUGGAGCGUUGGCUUGACCAGCGCCUGCCGAUCGUGCGCCUGGGCUGGGACUCCUUCGUGGACUUCCCGACCCCGCGCAACCUGAACUACUGGUAUACCUUCGGCGGCAUCCUGACCGUCUGCCUGAUGAUCCAGAUCAUCACCGGCAUCGUCCUGGCCAUGCACUAUGUGCCGCACAUCGAUUACGCCUUCGCCUCUGUGGAACGCAUCGACCGUGACGUGAACUUCGGCUGGCUCUUGCGGAACAUUCACGCCAAUGGCGCGUCGAUGUUCUUCCUGGCGGUCUAUCUGCACAUGCUGCGCGGUCUGUAUUACGGCUCCUACAAGGCUCCGCGCGAGCUUCUGUGGAUCCUGGGCGUCGUCAUCUAUCUUCUGAUGAUGGCCGCCGCCUUCCUGGGCUAUGUGCUGCCCUGGGGCCAGAUGUCCUAUUGGGGCGCGAUGGUGAUCACCAACCUGUUCGGCGCGCUGCCGCUGAUCGGCACGCCGAUCACCGAAUGGCUGUGGGGCGGGUUCUCCGUGGGCAACGCCACCCUGAACCGCUUCUUCUCGCUGCACUAUCUGAUCCCGUUCCUGAUCGCCGGGAUCGUGGGUCUGCACGUGUGGGCGCUGCACGUUCCGGGCAAUAACAAUCCGACGGGCCUGAGCAUCAAGACCAAGGCGGACACGCUGCCCUUCCACCCGUACUACACGGUGAAGGACGGCUUCGCGAUCAUCGUCUAUAUGAUCAUCUUCGCCUUCUUCGUCUUCUACUGGCCGGACGCUCUGGGCCAUGCGGACAACUAUAUCGAGGCGAAUGCCCUGGUGACCCCGGCGCACAUCGUUCCCGAAUGGUAUCUGCUGCCCUUCUACGCCAUCCUGCGGGCCGUGCCCGACAAGCUGGGCGGCGUGCUGAUGAUGUUCGGCGCCAUCGCGGUGCUGUUCGUCCUGCCCUGGCUGGACACCUCCAAGGUGCGCUCCAUGCGCUACCGUCCGCUGGCCCGCUGGUUCUUCGUGUUCUUCGUGAUCGCCUGCCUGGGUCUGGGCUGGUGCGGCGCAGAACUGCCGGACAACAAGGUGCCGGUGCUGGGUUCGAUCGGCCUGAACUUCCUCUGGCUCGGACGUAUCCUGACCCUGUACUACUUCGCCUACUUCCUGGUGAUCCUGCCGCUUCUGGGCUUCAUCGAGAAACCGAGCGCGCGCCCGGCCUCCAUCGAGGAAUCGGUCCUGGGCAAAGGCAAAUCAGACGCGUCGGCUUCCGCCGCGCCUGCUGAAUAA